AUGCGCCCUUUUACACCACAGGGCCUCCGGCCUCUUCGUUCCCUCCUCUCGCAGAGCACAACUAUCACCACCCCUCGUACACCAUCUUCAUUGCGCCUUUUCUCGUCUCAGUUCAUUCAACCUCGUCGCAUUACUUCUCCACCUACUCUCUCUCAAUCUCGGCGCAUCCUUCCUCCCACAUGCCGACAAAACUCCACAUCCUCACGCCCUCUGACCGAGGAUCCCACCGACAGGACCGAGAGCGAUGCCGAUCGUCAGAGGAGAAACGAAGAACGCCGCAGAAAUGAAGAAGCAUAUCAAAUUGUUUUCACCUGCAAGCCAUGUGGCGAGCGCUCUUCACAUCGCAUGUCGAAGCAGGGCUACCACCGCGGCACAGUCCUCAUCCAGUGUCCUUCUUGCGACAACCGCCAUGUUAUGAGUGAUCAUUUGGGCAUCUUCUUCGAUAAGAGGACUACACUUGAGGAUCUGUUGAAAGAAAAGGGCCAGACUUUGACUCAUGGACACACCGAUGGCAACUUGGAGUUCUGGGAGGACGGCACUGUCAAGAGCUUCGGUCUUGAUGGAAAGCAGCUAUUGGACUCUUCCAAUGAGAAGGAUUCUUGA